AUGAUCUUCCCAUUCGUUGGACUUUUCGUCUCCUUGGCUCUCUGGGGCACGUUUUUUCCUGUUCCAGGAUUAAUCGAGCCCGAGCAGAGCUUCGUGAAGCGUUUGUCGGGUGCUAUGGGAGCAACGGCGAUGGUGAAGGGAGUCUACGACCUGGCAGAGGUCAUAUCCUCUGCGUACAUGGAUGAUCAUCUGCACAACGACUCCGUGUACGUCAACUUGGCUGGUUUCGAAAGCCUUGUGGACCACGUAAACCCCCUCAACACCAGCACAGAGACGUCACUCAGCGUGGUAUACCCGCUGUGGGAGGAGGUCGACCAGCGGCCUGUCGUGAACAUCACCGUUCGCGAUAGCCCCCGCCGGCAGACAUAUUUAUCACCCAUGGCGUGUCUGCUGUUCGCCUUGUUCGUCGUGUUCUACACGAUGGGUUUCGCUACCUUCAUGGUGUUCCUUUGGAGAGGAAUCGUUUCCCUGUGUGCUUACACACCGGGAGAGGUGACUGAGAAGCCUGAUCGAUGCUUCGGGGGUGUCCCCAAGGUAGUCCACUACCUUGCCACCGACAGGGCUCUGUCUCUUUACGAGGAGAUGGAGACUCUGGUCGAAGGGAGCCAGUCCUCGGAGCUCAUCAAGUCGGGUCCUCUGGUCACUUCUCCUGCCAGUUCGGGCACUGUGGCUCUGUCGACGAUGCAACCGGCAUUGACGGUGAGUAUCCUCCGCGAGGUGGAGAAAGCCAUCUCUCGCCAGCAUCGCCAGCGUGAGCUCGCAGUUGUCUCCGAGCUGGACUUUCGCACCGCCAAAGGGCAGGAGGACUGCACCCCCAUCAGCGCCGCGGACGUAACGCUCACAACCGCUACCCCGGACCCGUCCGAUGUUAUCGGCUCGGAUGCUCUCCGCUCACCCCGGCAGUGGGCCCUCGUGGUUCGCCGUCCGGAGAAUCUGGCAUCAGUUCUGGUGCUCCAGCUCGCGUGCGCCCUGCUCGCGAGUUGGGAGAGAUAUACCGUCUCGGUGGUCCCUGACUCUCCAGGCGGUGAAGCGGCCGAAGAGCAAGAGCUCGAAGCAGAAGGCGGGACCUCCCCGGCAAGUCGCCGACGCAAGCGGCCCAGCCAGGCCAAGAGGAAGCGCUAUGCACGGAGGCUCAGAGAAGCACAGGAUGAACUGUUCGAGGAGGCCGCACAGGCACUCUCGACAGCCCGUUCAGGCAACUGA